AUGAUGGAUGCUGAUAUCAUCUUGACAUAUGACUUGUCCGAGACUGUGCGACGGAUGCUGGGCAAGAAGGGCAUUGCAAAAGCUGGAUCUCCACUGGCCCGGAGUCUUUCCCGAAGAUUGGGAGUGGAGGUGAAGCUGACUGCAAAGAGCAACGAGGUCUCCGGCAUGACGGGGCGCUUGGGCUUCGACUUGCAGAAGCAGGUGGAGAAAGAUCACCGCUUGGUGGACUACUCCUUGGGUGCCCUUUCUCAGCAUUUCUGCCAGACACCCCUGCCUGAGCUCAGUGCAGCAAGCUUAAAGAAGAUCCGUCUGGAGCGCCCGCGUGCCUAUGCACAGCAUGUGCUUCGGCAAGCAGAAGCCAGUGCAAGCAUUUUCGAUCGCCUCGCCUACCUGUACAACUUCAUCGAGAUGGCGCGUGUCACUGGGUGCCCGUUGUCCUACCUACUCGAGAGGGGCCAGGCCAUCAAGGUGCAGACGCAGCUCUUGCGCGAAGCUCGCGCGCGAGGCUUUGUGCUGCCACAGCGCCCAGGCACUGGCGAGGACACCACGUAUGAAGGGGCCACCGUGCUGGAGCCUUCCUGUGGCUUCUAUCGCUGUCCUGUCGCUGUCUUGGACUUUGCCUCUCUGUACCCAUCGAUCAUGAUGGCACACAACCUAUGCUACUCCACCUUGCUCCCUCCUGGGCGAGAGAAGAAGCCUGAUUGCCCAGACUUCACAGAGUCACCACCAGCAGCAGGGAACGACCAGGCAACCUGCUUCGUGAAGCCGCAGGUCCGCAAGGGGCUCCUUCCCUCCAUUUUGGAGAGGCUUCUGGCAGCCAGGAAGGCGGCCAAGGCACAACUUACGCAAUGUCAGGCAGGUGAGGCAGGGGCGACACGUCGCAAGGUGCUUCACGGCCGCCAGCUUGCCCUGAAGCUUUCUGCCAAUUCCGUCUACGGCUUCACUGGAGCAACCAAUGGCCCGCUUCCCUGUCUAGAAGUCGCCGGUGCUGUCACCGCCUACGGUCGGGAGAUGAUCCAAGCCACCAAGGCGAAGGUCGAGUCCCACUUCACAACUGCAGGAGGCUAUGCCCACAACGCAGAAGUGGUGUACGGAGACACUGACUCUGUCAUGGUGAAGUUUGGACCGGAGGGGUUGUCGCUGGAAGAAGCCAUGAGGCUUAGCAACGAGGCUUCUAAAGUCUGCUCCUCGAUCUUCCCAGCCCCCGUGCGGUUGGAGUUCGAGAAAAUCUAUCGGCCGUUCCUGCUCAUGGCAAAAAAGCGCUAUGCAGGCCUUGCUUUCACUUCUUUGAGCUCGCCCGAGCUGGAGACCAAAGGAAUUGAGACCGUCAGACGCGAUUGGUGUGACUUGGUACGGCAUGGUCUGGAAGAAACGCUGAAGCACUUGCUGGCACCCGACGGAUCGGAUGGCUCCCAAAAGGCCAUCGGACACGUGCGUGAUGUGUGCAAUGACCUCAAGCAGGGCAAGAUUGAUUUGAAGUCGCUGGUCAUCUCCAAGUCUUUGGGAAGGAACGAGUAUGCCGCAAAGGCCCCGCAUGCAGAGGUUGCCGAGAAGCUGAAGAAGAGAGAUCCGGCCAAUGCUCCGCGCAUGGGAGACCGAGUGUCCUACCUUGUUCUUGCAGGAACUUCCAAGGCAAAAGUUUAUGAAAAGGCAGAAGACCCGAUCUAUGCGCUUGAGAACGAUUUGCCGAUUGACUCGGACUAUUACUUGGAGCACCAGCUCAAGCAGCCUUUGCUUAGAGUCUUCGAGCUUGUGUGCGGCGACGCGCAGAAAGCCGAGAGUUUGCUGUUUGGCGGGCUGACCUCACAGAAGGUAGUUGUGUCUUCUUCGAAAGGUGGCAUGGGAAAGUUCAUGAAGCCACGACCCAAGUGCUUGGCAUGCUCCGCCGAUGUCAAUGAUGGUGCCGCUGUCUGCGCACGCUGCACGGAUAAGCUGUCGGAGGUGAAGGAGCACGCCCUGGACAGAGCAAAGACCCUGAGGGAGCAGUUGAAUGGACUCCGUGCGCAUUGUGACCGAGAUUGCGUCCUACCUUCUGGGCCGUUUCCACAGCUGCCUGCUGACGAUCCAGCUGCAGACAAAGGCGAGGUAAGCGAAAGAUGCCUCAAUGCAAGUUGCCCCGUCAUCUUCAGCCGUGCUCGAGUAGCAAAGCAACUGGGGCUCGCCAGAGAAGCCUUGCAUCGGCUGCAAUUGAAAGAGACGUAG